GAACGGUCAGAGUGAGAAGAGACUCGGGGUGACGCCGUCCUCUUCGGUGCAUCUGCUACUGAACUACGAUGUCCAAACCGAAGUUUCAGACGGAGUGGGAGGAAAUUGACGAGGAAUAUCAACAAUUACAGGAAACUCAUAAAAUAUACAGACAAAAACUUGAGGAGCUCACAAAUCUUCAGACAACAUGCAGCAGUGCCAUCAGUAAACAGAGAAAAUGCUUAAAAGACUUAAGGCACAGCUUGACCAAGUGUGCAAAAACAUGUGAUGAGAAAGAACUGAAACUGAUAACAGACAUCAAAACACAAAUCAAAGACAAAGAAAAUGUGUUCUUUGAUAUGGAAGCAUAUUUGCCAAAGAGGAAUGGACUGUACCUGAAUUUGGUCCUGGGCAAUGUGAACGUAACACUUCUCAGCAACCAGGCAAAAUUUGCCUACAAAGACGAGUAUGAGAAGUUCAAGCUUUAUAUGACGAUAAUUCUGAUGUUCGGAGCCAUAACCUGCCUCUUCUUUCUCAACUGUCGUGUUACUGACGAAAUCUUCAACUUUUUGCUAGUGUGGUACUACUGCACAUUAACCAUAAGGGAAAGCAUCCUCAUGAGCAAUGGCUCCAGGAUCAAAGGUUGGUGGGUGUCUCACCAUUAUGUAUCCACUUUUCUGUCAGGUGUGAUGCUUACCUGGCCAGAGGGGCCCAUGUAUCAGAUGUUCAGAAGCCAGUUUCUUGCUUUCUCCAUCUAUCAGAGCUUUGUUCAGUUCCUCCAGUAUUACUACCAGAGCGGCUGCUUGUACCGGCUGCGAGCUCUGGGAGAGAGAAAUCAGCUGGACCUCACAGUGGAGGGAUUUCAGUCCUGGAUGUGGAGAGGCCUCACUUUUCUUUUGCCAUUCCUCUUUUUUGGCCAUUUCUGGCAGCUGUACAACUCAGUCACCCUGUUUCGCUUGGCAGGACAUGAGGACUGCAAGGAGUGGCAGGUAUUUAUGUUGGCGCUGACCUUUCUCGUCCUGUUUCUGGGAAAUUUUCUUACCACAUUAAAAGUUGUCCACCAAAAAAUUCAGAAAAAUCAGGUCCAGAAAAAUGACUGAGACAUAAACUCAAGGAGACACCUCAGAGUCCUCAAACGGCCAGUUAUUCAGAAGCAACACGCACAAUCGCUUGUUAGACUGACCACAGUACGAUCGGGCCAGGAGAAGAAGAAGCUGAAACCACCCUUUCUCUCAGGCUUUGAUUACAGCAGCGGCGUCCAGCCAGAUUAUCUGGCGAACAGGCUUUUGCUUUCUAAUGACUCGUCGUCGUUGAUGUUGCUGCUCAGUCUGUCUCAACACAAAGUGUUGUUCACCUCAUAGACGAACAGUUUGUCGCUCUAUCCUGUACAUAAAAAGCGAGUGGAAAGAAUGCGUUUUAUUUGGGUGUUUGUGUCAGUGCAUGACUCUGUCUGAGAGCCUUUGUUCAAAUCAUAUGCAAUUAAAAGAGGGCAGGUAGCAUCAGUCAACAGAACAGAAUAUAGUUUGCCUUUGAAGACCUAACGUCUGUCAUGUGCAUACUUCAUACUUCUGUGAAGUAGUAACAGUCAAACUGUCUCUGGCUCGAACAAACGUGGACAUGUUCAGUUAGGCACUGCGGUUCAUUUCAUGAUUGCUUAUUUUUCCUUUUUUUUUUUAAUGUGUAGUGCUAUUUCACUGCUAACCAGUAUUUUUUACUAGACUUUUCUUCUCAGAAAUGACAAAUGUUACUCCUUCCACUUAAGAAAAAAAAACAAAACAUAAACUUGAUACUUCACUGCCCAAAAUUAUCACCAAUUUCAUGGGGAAAAAAAAAUAUCUCCUUGAAAAAAAGAGUACUUUUUUCCAGUCUGGAGUCAGCGGCUGCUCUGUUUUUGUUGUUUUGUUGGGACUAAAAGGGAAUGCAACACUGAUAUUCCCCUCAGGCAGCAGUUAAUGUAUGAUCCAAUGCCUACACUUGGCUAUCUGGCUAAGUCACAAGAACACGCACAUAAAAACUUGUACUGUCUAUAAAAACUGGUGUUCCUAGUGAGGAUUCAAGGAAGUUUUCAUGUUAACUCCUCCCUAGCAGUUACACUUUUAUGUUCUCAUUAACAUAAUGCUAACAAGUUGUAAUAUACACAUAGGUUUUUUUUUUUUUCAUGUUUCACUAAUGGUCUAAAUUUUUACUGAUAUAGGAAAAGCUUCAGGCUUUUUUUAAACUUUUAUUACCGAACUCUAGAUUUAGAAGAAAGGUUCAAAGUCAGUAAUACUUGAAGUCCAUGCACCAUGUUUGGAUUUGUCAUUACUCUGCUGCUAGUUAGCAUUUUGUCCUGUAAUGUUGCAGAAAUGUGUCAUGAUCAAACACUGCUAUUGGCACUGGUACUGUAAGACUGUGACAGAAAAUGACAACUAAUGUGCUGGAUUAUUAUUAUUUUCUUAUUCCAAUGAAUUUACUAAAUUAAAUAUUUCUAAGAAUGAAUUUAUGGCCAGUUCUGGGGCUUUUUCCUCUAGUUCAUUGUAGUUCUGUCUGGGUUACGUUUCAUGCUUGUUUGAAAAUAUUACACAAGGGUCUUUUUGUUUAUUCAGCGAGGGGUCAGGUGGGUUCAAACGAACAGCUGUAGUGGUGUCAGGUCUCUGUUGCCUUAUUCCCCCUCCAGCCUGCCACAGCAAAAAAAAAAAAAAAAAAAGUCCUGCUCCUUUUUAUUUUUGAAAAAAUCCAAAGACAGUUACAUGACAUUUCUUUCAUUUUUUUCACUCACAAUGCAAAAGAAACAGUAUUUAUGACUUUUUUUUGAGGGGAAAAUUGAAUCAUGUUGAGUUACAGACCAAAAUGUUACCAAAAUUUGAUGCGAGAGCUGCCAAAAUGCACAAAACAACUUGAUUUCCUCAUUUUUAUGAUGUAGCUGAUGUUAAACAACAUUUCAACGUUUUCAUCUGUCAUUUCAAGACUGCAACUGGUGCCUGAAUACGCUCAGUAACAAGAGACAAUUGACAAUUUCUGUAUCUGUGAACAUUGUUGUAAAAAAAAUAAUAAUAAUAAUAAUGAUUAAACACCUAAUUAAAAA